ACAUCAUACCCGAACCUCAACACCACAAGUAUAUACGAAGGGCGCAGGUACCUCACCAAGCUCACAAGAACCCUUUGCGCCAUUUAAGAAAAAAGCUAUUCCUCGUUCCAAAAGCCAUCUAUCCCACACCCAAGACAAACCAAUUCAAUAAAUCCCCACCCAACCACAAUGUCCCGCGCCCUCUCCAAGAAAGAAACCCAGCAACAAGCCCUCCAGCAACAGCAACAACAGCAGCAGCAAUACGCCCGCGAUGUAGAAACGCAAGAACACCAUGCCUCAGCCAACGCUUCCGCCGGUCUAAACCUCAACCUCUUCGGCGCCCUCUCAGGCGCCUUCUCCUCCAAAAGCAAGAAAACGACGCACCGCAACGCGGACGGCUCGUCCCACAGCGUAGAAGACCGGCACGAGCAAGGCGUAGCGAACGGCUACGCGCAAGGCCAGGGCACGGCGUACGCGCAGGGCAACGCGGUCGAGGGCAGCAAGAAGCAGAAGGCGCGCGAGAUCGGGGCGGGCGCGCAGCAGGGGCAGAGUCGGCGGGUGGAGGGGAAGAAGACGGUUGAUCAUUUGGGGAUUGAGGGGUAGAUUUUCCUUUGAGAGAUGUUCUGGGGUGAGAGUACGGCGUUAAAGGAGGGCUUGUACGAUUAUGCAAUCUGUGAUUGAAAUGACUGAAUGUUCUGAAAUUGUGGGGAUAUGUAAUGCUGCUAUGCUAAUGAUGGGU